UUGCGCCUACCGUUACACAAAAGAAGAAGAAGUUGUUUUCUGUGUUUGCUUUCAGUUUUCAAUCAUGACAAGUCCAUCACAAUGAUGCAGACACAUCAGCGUUAUUUGUGGAUCAUUUUACCAUGUUUUAUUGCAUUAUUGGCCGUGACCAUUACAUGUGCUCCUCCGGGCUCAUUUUUGCUCCUGUGCCUCUGCUGUAUGGCUCUUCUAUGGAAGAUAAAGGUCAAGGAUCGCUCCAUAUCGAGUCUUUUGGCUCAGUAUGUGGCAAUGAAAGCGGUGUGCUGGCUGGGGAAUCGCCAGAGAAACAGACUAGAGGCAGACACACGGGACAUUCAUCGCGUUCAAGAGGAGACUCUGCUCAAGCGCCUACAGAAACACUCUGACACAGUUUACGGCAAACAGUACGAGUUCACAUCAAUUAAAGACACAGAAACAUUUCAACAGCGCCAUCCGAUCACAGAUUAUGACCAUUAUCAAAAGUUUGUGGAGCGUGUGGCUAAAGGAGAGCAGAAUGUUUUAAUAUCGGAAAAGCCUCUUAUUCUGGCUAUGACAUCAGGAACAUCUGGAUCCAGCCGUAUGCUUUUGAGCACCAAAGACACCAACACAGAAUUCUUCCUACAGGGGGUGACAGUUUGUCUAGAUGCCAUGAGGCAAGCCUUUCCAGCCACUGGCGGUCUCCAGAAAACCCUGAAGAUCUUUUACUCGCCCAUUUUUCGUCAGAGUGAGGCAGGUAUUCCUAUUGGCCCCAACUCCUCAACUCCUGCCUCCUCUAAACACAUGCUGCAUCUGUACACCACGCCAGCACCCGUCUAUCAGGUGCUGAAUGAGAGAGACGCCUUAUAUCUCCAUCUGUUGUUUGGGCUGAAAGACCGCUAUCUUGGCAUGCUGGAAUCUAACUUCAGCUCUACCGUCUUUUAUGCUUUCAGAGCCCUGCAGGAACAUUGGAAGGAUCUUGUGGUGGAUGUGGAGGUGGGCAUGAUCAACUCCAGACUGAACCUGAAGGCUGAUGUGCGCCGUGCCCUAGAGAAACGGAUGAAGCCAGAUCCAGAGAGAGCCGCUGAGCUCACAGCCCAGUUUGAAGAAGGCUUUGAGGGGAUCGCACACAGAAUAUGGCCCCAGUUACACCUGGUUCUGACAGUGGACUCGGGCUCCAACCAGAUUUAUGGGGAUAUGUUACGGCAGCACUACUGUAAAGGUGUCCCGUUCUACUCCCCUUUCUACGCUGCCACUGAAGGCCUGAUAGGUGUGAACCUGUGGCCUCAGCAGGAGAGCAGACAAUAUCUCCUGUGUCCUCGUUCCAUGUUUUGUGAGUUUAUACCAGAGGAGGAUCUGGAUUCAGAGCGGCCCAAAACUCUCCUGAUGGGGCAGCUUCAGGAAGGACAUAACUAUGAGUUGCUGGUCACCAAUGCUUCAGGAUUAUUCAGGUAUCGCAUUGGAGAUGUUGUGAAAGUAGUUGGGUUUCAUAACCAGUGUCCAAAAGUGGAGUUUCAGUAUAGGCGCGGGCAGAUGUUGAGCGUGCGUGGUGAGAAAGUGUCUGAAUCACUGUUUUUGGGGGCUCUUAAGAGGGCAGUGACACAGUGGCCAGGAGCCAAACUAAUAGACUACAGCUGCGUUGAGAGCGGCGUUUUAGGCAAUGCAUCUGGAAUAGCUCAGCCACAUUAUCUUGUGUUUGUUGAGCUAAAGGGUGUAAGGAACCUCUCAGAGGAACAAAGAUACAAGUUAGAUCGCUGCCUACAGGAGGACUCGGAUAUCUACCGAUCCUUCAGGGUCAAAGGCAGCAUCGGACCAAUGAGAGUUCAGCUCGUUCGUGAUGGAACUUUCCAAGAACUGAAAGAUCGCUUGAUGGCCUUCUCCAGUACUUCGUCCAACACCUUCAAAAUGCAGCGUGUGAUACGCAGGAGAGAGUUUGCAGACUUUCUACUGCAGAGGGCUUUUUCAUGAGCAUUUCAAAUAGAGAUGAAUGAAGCGUCAUUUUUGCCAAUGCUAAAAUAUUUUCUGUUAUCCUAGUUUUAUGUGCAGAGAUGGUAGUUGGUUCCUUUGAAAAGUGUUACAAUGUGGCUCUAUCUCCUUUUCAAAGCAUUUUUCUGUUUGACCAGGCAAACACAGGAACAUUUUGUAUCAAGCAAUGCCAUGAGUUUAGGGUGGGGCUAUUUGUUUGUCCAACCAAUGAAAGUCACAAGGAUUGAUUGGAAAACUCGUUUAUAGAUCUGCUUUGUGCUGCUAGAGAGAUGGUUCUUGAUCCUGGUCCUUGGCUGCGUUUCCCAAAAGCAUUGUAAGCUUAAGUUGAUUGUAGCUCCAUUGGUUUCAAUGGUCUACGAUGCUUUUGGGAAACGCAGCCCUGGAGGAUCCCAAUAUUGCAUAUUUUGGAUGUGUCCCUUAUUUAGCACACCAGGUUUCUAUCAUUGGGAUAUUCAAAAAAAGUAGGUAGUAAUUUAUUCAUGGUAAAGUACUAUAGAGUAAGCCGCUAACCUCAAUUUUCACUUCCAAAACCCUGAGUAAUUUUCAGGUUAUGUUCAUGCAUUUCACCAAAUUUGACUGAUAUCCAAUAUUACCAAUUAGGGCUGCUCGAUUAUGACAUAAUCACGAUUAUUUUGGUCAGUAUUGUAAUCACGAUUAUUAGUGUUUUAAUGCAAGUCUAAAGUGUUCAGUUAACAGCCUAUUGAAUAAUCAAAUUUAAAAUAAAACUUCACUGUAAGAAUUAAACUUCCUUUGUUUCUUAUUAAAGCUACAAAAGACCUUC